UAACACAAAUGCCGGUCAUUCAGUGAAUGUGCAGUACCGCAUAACGGCAUUCCAUUCUAAAGAUGUGUCUGCAACGCGGCGGCCGCCUUAUGUCAGUUUAUUAAUAUAUACAUUUCUCUGUGCGUUAAAUGCGAUACGGCGUUCACGAUGGACAUACACCAAUUGCAUCAAAUACCGAAUAAAAGCGAAGCGGAGCUGACUCCAGAGGAACAAUGGAGGUUGCAACACAAAAAGAUGCACGAACAGCAUCAAGGUCACGAAUCUAUGCACGCCGAAAUGCUUCUUGUGUUGUUGGUGACGUUAACGGUAGCACAGGUUGUACUGGUUGAGUGGAAGAAGAGGCACUUUAAGUCGUACCAGCUUGUAACACUAGCAGCCAUGUGGAUUAUUCCGUUUGGAAUUAGCUUGAAGAACCACUGGUGGAGAUUUAUAUUUUUAUGGCUUUUAUCCUCCUGUAUAACAGGUCUAGUAGUAAGGAAAGCCAUUCAGAAGCCAAUAGAAGGUACCACCCCUAGACUAGUGUACAAAUGGUUUUAUUUUAUUUAUAAGCUCAGCUACGCGCUGGGUAUAAUCGGAUAUAUUUUAGUUGUAUUUACAUUCUUCGGGCUAAAUAUCAUAUUGAACGUCAAGCCUCACGUUUGGAUGGAUUGGGGCAUGCUGUUUCUAUUUUACGGUCUUUACUUUGGCGUACUAGGAAGGGAUGUCGCUGAAAUAUGUGCCGACACAAUGGCGUCACACAUUGGGUAUUACACCCCGGACAGUAUCCCGACCAGGGUUUUGGAGCCGAAUGUUUGCGCAGUGUGCGGGAAUAAACUUCUAGUUUCCGAGCACGAGGAAGGUGUGAUCGAAAAUACGUACAAGCUCACUUGCGAACACGUUUUCCAUGAAUUUUGCAUUAGGGGCUGGUGCAUUGUGGGAAAGAAACAAACGUGCCCUUAUUGCAAGGAGAAAGUCGACUUAACGAAAAUGUUCCGCAAUCCUUGGCAACGGCCGCACGUUUUAUAUGGUCAAUUGCUGGAUUGGUUAAGGUGGCUGGUUGCUUGGCAACCGUUAAUUUUAUUUCUAGUUCAAGGUAUCAAUUGGGCUCUGGGCCUUGAAAUAACAGAUACGACGGAGGAUCAGCAUGAAAAAACAUUGGGUGUAACGGAUUAACGUCUACCGCACGCUGUAUUGUUAGAUAAUUUCUCUGCUAGCACCGACAGAUAAGUUCCUAUUUACACACUCGAAGUCUCUCACUAAGAGGUAGUAGAUCUGAGGAAGGAUUUGAUCUCGCUGGACGCGUAUAUAGAAUUCAAGAUAACUGUGUACGUGUGUGCAUGUAUGUGUGUGGGCAUAGUAAGAGAGAAAGAGAGAGAAAGAGAGAGAGACACAAUGAUAACAACUUGCCAGUGAUGUUACUAAAAGACUUUAAUUAACUUUCUCGUUAUUAUCGAUAGAAAAACAACUUUCAUCACAUCACGUAUCCAUAGGUACUUGUUAGACCAUGUCGGACCCGUCGCGAGAGUAUUAUAUAUAAUUCGUAUUUAUAUUUAUAUUUAUAUACAUAUAUAUUUGUCUAUAAACCUAAAGUCUUUCUGUGGGAUGAUUACGGGACAGGGCGCGAAGGGGUGGUGAUGCGGGAAAAGUGAGAUGGGAAAUAGAGAUAACAGAGGCUAAGGGACGAGAACACACUUAACGACGAAUACCCUUCAACGGAUCCGAUGAACAGAGGUGUUAACGUUACUCGAGACGUAGUCUUUGGCUUGUUGGAUGGUUCAGACGCCACGAUACGACGGGAUCGUCGGGAUGGGUCCAGGGGCAGACAUUCACAAACACGGGGAAAUUUUAUAGAUAUAUUUAUUGAGUACUUAGCGUGUAAGAGUAUAGAAUAUAUGUUACCUUAUUGUUAAAUAUCAUUACAUGGUAAAUAUAUUUAUAUAUUGCGACCGCACUCACGAGCGUGGUGCAACUUCGUCGCUCGUCCGACCCGCGUAAUUCCGCGAAAACGGUAAACGGGAAUCUAAUGCGUGAUUAACUGUAACUCAGGCAUCUCGCCUAUCGAAAACG